UUGAAUCUUGCAUGCACACAGCUAGCUACAGAAGGAUUAAUUUUCAUUCAAUAGCAUGGAGGAUGAAGUCAAUCGCGACAGCACAGAAAAAAUUGCUGAAGGCGGCGUCUUUAUCAGAGGCAUCAGGCCUCUUCAAAUUCAACGGCGAAACGCUCGAGUAGUAGUGGGCUUUGUCCUCGUUGCUGUGGUGUUUUUCCUAAUUGGUAUCUUAAUUGGAUACUUUGUCACGAAGCCACCAAAUAGUGAAAGUUGUUCUAGAAAAGAUGCAGACAGUGAGCCUGAGACAAGUGACUUCCAAAAGUUCCACGAUUUGUUUAAACAAACGAUUAGCACCGAGAAGUUGGAAUCUCUGAUGAGGGACUUUUCAACACAGCCUCACAUCGCUGGAUCUCCGAGACAGCUGAAGCUUGCAAAUACUCUUGCUACAAAUUGGAAAUCCUAUGGUUUCGACAAAGUAGAAAAACCUGAAUAUAAUGUUCUCCUGUCUUUUCCACAACCAAACAAACCGAACAAGGUCACCAUAGUAGAAAACGGUACAACAAUCUAUGAAAUAGCAGGACAAAUUAAGAUAUCCCCUGAUCCAACCAGCUCUGAGACAUUCGAUCAUUAUCCAUACCUUGCAUAUGCACACAGUGGCACUGUUGAAGGUGAUCUGGUCUACGUGAACUAUGGAAGUGAUACAGACUAUGAAAAGCUUUCUGAAAUGAAUAUCCCUGUGCGUGGUAAAAUUGUCAUUAUGCGAUCCAGAAGUGUUUCCAAUGCUGAAAAACACGGGGCAAUAGGAGCGCUGGUAUUCCCAGACCCAAGCUUCUCUGCUCAGCAAGGAUACGCUCAAGAUCAAGUGUACCCUAGUGGAUGGUGGCUACCAUCAAGCGGGGUGCAGGAGGGUACGAUACUUUUUGGCCCCUACAAUGGAGAUCCCCAAACUCCGGUCCUUCCGUCUAUCAAAGGUAUACAUCGCAAACCUGUUAACGAGAGCGAACUACCAAAAAUUCCAGCUCAGACGAUAUCAUAUGGAGAUGCCAUGGAGCUGCUACGAAGAUUAGGAGGAUCAGAAGCUCCCGAGUCGUGGCAAGGUGGUUUAAACAUCACAUACCGCACUGGCCCAGGAUUUAAUGGCAGCAAUGCAAAACUCAGGUUAGAGGUCAACAACAAACCGGAAAACAAGUCAAUCUACAACGUGAUAGGUACGAUAUUCGGAAAGGAGGAGCCUGAUCGAUACGUCAUCGUCGGUAACCAUCGGGAUUCGUGGUCCUUUGGCGCCGUCGAUGCCUUAAGCGGAACCACGGUAACGAAUGAAGUAGCUCGUGUAUUAGGAACACUUUUGAAAAAAGGAUGGAGACCGCGACGAACCAUCAAGAUCUGUAGUUGGGGCGGGGAGGAGUUUAACUUGAUUGGAUCACAGGAGUGGGUGGAGGAAAAUGCUAACAUUCUUACUGAGCGUGCUGUAGCAUAUAUCAAUUUAGAUAUUGCCGUUUGCGGGGAUUACGUUUUACGAGCAAGGGCGACACCUUUGUUUAAGCAGAUAAUUCACAAAUGGGCUAAGGAGGUCAAGGAUCCCAGUAAUACCAAAGGCACAAACACGAUAUACGACAUCUGGCUGAAAAGGACUCCUUCAGAUACUAAUAGCAACCAGCCCAUGAUUUUUAACCUUUUUUCCGCAAGUGAUUACGUACCCUUUUACCAGUACAUAGGUGUACCGUGUGGAGAUUUUGGUUAUUGGUUCGGGUACCCUAACAAGACAUCUCUAUAUCCUGUGUAUCACACACAACAAGACACAUUUUACUGGAUGAAAAAGUUCGUUGAUCAAAAAUUUGAAAUUCAUGGAGCCAUGACACAGUUUGGAGGAGGAAUGACACUGGAUUUCGCAGACCAACCUUUGCUGCCAUUCGACGUUCAAAAUUACGCGCUCGCAUUAAACUUUUCAUUCCAUGUUGUCGCUUCGUCCCUUGACCUCUCAGCCAACGGCAUUACUCUUACUGCACUUCGAGACGCUGUAUCCGGGUUCAUGGACGCCAGUCGGCAAUUCGAGGCUAGAAAAUCUGACCUUGCGAUGCUUCAAAAGACCUCCGAGUUGCGAGUGAUGAAUGAUCAAAUGGUGAAAGUGGAGAAGGCCUUCAUUUACCCUUACGGCCUGCCUGGUAGAGCUCAAGACCGUCAUGUCGCCUUUAAUUUUGGUUUCCACAACAUCCGCCCAUCAAAAGCGACAUUUCCCGGUAUCACAGAGGCCUUGCAUAUGGCUAAGAAAAAGGGAGACUGGGAUCUAGUUAAGCAACAAGUGUCAAUAGCAACCUACUGUGUUCAAAGCGCCACAAAGGUUCUGGAACCUUUAGCAGGUCAAUAAAGGCGCUAAACAUCCCGGAAAAAAAAACAUAUUUUCUUUUCAUCUGACUACUUUUGAUCAGCUAUCAUGACUCAUUUUCCUAAAUAUCCUCGUUUGCGCUUGUGUCAAUAAGAACACAAAAGAUACGUUUACACACAAAUUACGUUUUACGAAAUGGUUGACUUCUACUUUAGUUUUCAAGACUCGUUCAGACCUAUUGAACGUCGUAAAUUUAUAUUGAUAUAUUAAGAGGACUGUUCAUUGUAUCAUUGUAAGAGAAUGUCAAAAAAUUAAACCAUUUCAAAG